AUGAAGUGCACCAACUGCGGUUCGUCCGCCAUCGACUUCGCCGACAACCAGGCAGUAUGUUCGCAAUGUGGUGUCGUGCUGGAAGAGUCGCAGAUCGUGAGCGACAUCACCUUCGGUGAGAACUCCGCUGGUGGUGCUGUUGUCCAAGGCAGCAUGAUCGCGGCCGAUCAGGCACGCGCGCGCGUCUCUGGUCCUAGCGGCUUCCGUGGCGGCUACGUCAGCGAAUCGCGCGAGAUGACCAUCUCCAACGCUCGAAUUGGUAUCAACAACAUGGCGUCGGCACUACGCAUCCCAUCUCACGUCGCCGAUCGCGCGCUCCGCUUCUUCACGCUGGCGCUCGACGGUGGUGCAUCUGCCGCGACGGGCGACGAGCCCAAGAACUAUGUCCUCGGUCGCAAGUCCGAAUACACGGUCGCAUCCUGUCUCUACGUCGCCUGUCGAAUGGAGAAGACGACCCACAUGCUCAUCGACUUCGCCGACGCCAUCCAGGUCAACGUGUUUGUUCUCGGCCGAUCCUACCUCAAGCUGAUCCGCAUUCUCAACUUGCGUCUGCCGUUGAUCGAUCCAUCCAUCUACAUUGCGCGCUUCGCAGCGUUGCUCGACUUUGGCGAAGAGACGCAGAAAGUCGCCUACGACGCAUCGAGGCUCGUCUCGCGCUUCCAAAAGGACUGGAUCACUGAAGGUCGCCGUCCCGCUGGCAUCUGCGGCGCCUGCCUCAUGCUCGCUGCACGCAUGAACCACUUCCGACGCUCGGUCAGCGAGGUGAUCCAGGUAGUCAAGAUUGCUGAUGUGACGCUCAAAGCGCGUUUGGAGGAGUUCAAGAAGACGCCUACUGGCCAGCUCUCGGUCCAAGACUUUCGAAACGUCUGGCUCGAGGAGGAGCACGCUCCACCUGCCUACCUUCGCGCUGUGGCGCCACCCACCACCAAGCGAAAGCGCAAGUCCAACAAGAACAUCAAACUCGAGGGCAUCGAGGUUGCGGACGACUCCGACGCGGCCGACGCGGACGCAGAUGCUGAGGGUGAAGCCGACGCGGGGACCAGUGCGAGGACCGCAGUAGCUGAAGACGCAGACGCCAUCGAUCCGGCAUUGGAGAAGGUGGUUGACGAGGCGACGGAGCAAGAGAUCCAGCAAUACCUGCAGCAGAGUCUGGCGCAGGAGCUCGACAAGGCCCUCGAGACGCAGGAACGCGAGCGAGAGGAACGCGCCAAGUCGGGUCAGGUGGCCUCGACGUCGAGCCGACCUGCAGCAGCAAGCGAUGCUGGUCCUAUCCCGGACGCCAACGGAGCCGGCCCUUCUGGAACUCGUGAUCCGUCUCUCGACAUCAGCAGAGCCGGUAAGCUGCUUCCCCUCGGCGGUCUUGGCAUGGACGUCCAAAGCACUUUUGGCGACGACGCCGAAGCUGCACUCGACGGCGUUGCUGACGACGCUGACGCAACUUCAGCCGAUAGGAGGCGCAGCGUAGGGCCGCACGCCGACGAGCUGGCCGACCUGGACGAGGACGAACUGGACCGAUUCAUCCUGUCACCGGAAGAGGUGCGGAUCAAAGAACGCGUCUGGAUGGAGUUCAACAAGGACUGGAUGGAGCAGAUGCUCAAGAAGCAGCUCAAGCUCGAACACGACCAAAAGAUGGGUGUGCCCAUCCGCGAGCCAUACAAGCGCAAGAAGCCCAAGGCGCCACGCGACGCAUCGACGGCGAUGCACAACACAUCGGCGGCCGAAUCUGCCAAGAUGAUGCUCAAGCAGAAGCAGUUCAGCAAGAAGAUCAACUACGAUGCGUUGAACAACCUCUUCCCUGGUGCCAAGGUGGUUGGCGGAGGCAGCGGAAAGGGCGGGAGCGGCAAGACAAGGAGUGGCGCUAGGAAGGGCCGCAAGCGAGGCAGACAGCAGAGCAGCGACGAGUCGUCCUCGGAGGAGGAAGAGGAGGACGCGGCGGCCAACGGUAAGAGAGGCAAGAAGGGCCGCAAGGGCAAGAAGGCGAGCAAGAAGUCGCAAGGCACCGCUCAAGGCUACUUUGAAUCGGACAACAACGACUCGCAGAUGGAGGUUGUUGAGGAGGACGGCGAGAUGUUGCCUCCUUCGCAUCCACUGCGCAGGAAGGAGACGAGACUCAACAAGCGCGGCGCCGGACAGCUGUCGUCGGCUGCGGAAGAGUCGGCUACCGACCUGGGCGAGGAGAUGAACGAGCCCGCCGACGGUGGAGCGAUGCUCCUCAACGAGGCGACAAUGCGCAGUCAGCUCGGCUACUUCAACGAUGACACCGAGGACGAUUGA